GCCAAGGCUCUUGCUUGCCACUCUGCAUCCAGCCUUCGGCUCCUCCACAGCCAUGGACAGGAUUUUCUCCACCUUGCUGCUCUCUUUGCUGCUCCUCCUCCAGAGCUAUGGAGUUUGCGGGGCACCUCCACAGCCGAGAGGCACCCUGUGUAGAACCAAACCUACGGACCUGGUGUUCAUCAUUGACAGCUCUCGAAGCGUGCGCCCACACGAGUUUGAGAAAGUCAAAGUCUUCAUGUCCCAGGUGAUCGAGGGUCUGGACGUGGGCCCCAACUCCACCCGGGUGGGUGUGAUCAAUUAUGCCAGUGCCGUCAAGAAUGAGUUCUCCCUCAAGACCUACCAAACCAAAGCCGGGCUCCUGCAAGCCGUCCGAAGGAUAGAGCCGCUCUCCACUGGGACUAUGACUGGUCUGGCUAUCCAGUUUGCCAUCAGCCGGGCUUUUAGUGACUCAGAAGGGGCCAGGGUGAGGUCUCCCAAUUUUAAUAAGGUGGCCAUCGUCGUGACCGAUGGACGGCCCCAGGAUGGAGUGCAGGAUGUGUCAGCAAGGGCCAGGGCAGCUGGCAUCGAGAUCUUUGCCAUCGGGGUCGGCCGGGUGGACAUGCACACGCUGCGGCAAAUUGCUAGUGAGCCCCUGGAUGAUCAUGUGGACUAUGUGGAGAGCUACAGUGUUAUAGAGAAGCUGACCCACAAGUUUCAAGAAGCUUUCUGUGUGGUGUCAGACCUGUGUGCCACUGGAGACCAUGACUGUGAGCAAAUCUGUAUCAGCACCCCAGGAACAUACAAAUGUGCUUGUAAAGAGGGUUUCACACUGAACAGCGAUGGGAAGACCUGCAGUGCUUGCAGUGGUGGGUCAGGAUCUGCUCUGGAUCUUGUUUUCCUGAUCGAUGGCUCCAAGAGUGUGAGGCCUGAGAACUUUGAGCUGGUGAAGAAGUUCAUCAACCAAAUUGUGGACUCACUGGAAGUGUCAGACAAACAGGCCCAAGUUGGCCUGGUUCAGUACUCCAGUUCUGUCAGACAGGAGUUUCCACUGGGGCAGUUCAAGAACAAGAAGGACAUCAAAGCAGCAGUCAAGAAAAUGGCCUACAUGGAGAAAGGAACAAUGACGGGCCAGGCUCUGAAAUACCUUAUUGACAGUUCCUUUUCCAUCAUCAAUGGAGCUAGGCCCGGGGUCCCCAAGGUGGGCAUAGUCUUCACUGAUGGACGGUCACAAGAUUACAUCACUGAUGCUGCUAAGAAAGCCAAAGACUUAGGCUUUAGGAUGUUUGCUGUGGGAGUCGGCAACGCAGUUGAGGAUGAGCUGAGGGAAAUUGCUUCAGAACCAGUAGCCGAGCACUACUUCUACACAGCUGACUUCAGAACCAUCAGCAAGAUCGGGAAGAAGCUACAAAUGAAAAUCUGCAUUGAGGAAGAUCCAUGUGAAUGUAAAUCUAUUGUGAAGUUCCAGACAAAAGUAGAAGACAUCAUAAAUUCAUUGCAGCAGAAAUUGGAAGCUGUGGCAAAAAGGAUUGAAGCCCUGGAGAACAAGAUCAUCUAACAUCCCAAAACAAUAUUAUUUCCCUCCUUCCUAAUGUGACAAAACUAGAACCCCUUCACUUGUAGCGGAGGGCAGCUCAGUCACAGUGCUAUGGCCAGCUUGUAUUUUUUUAAAAGAGUCUUGUAUUUUUUUUUAAAGAGUCUAGUCUACCUGCAUUUGUUUAAAAGGGAAGAAGUAUAACAGUAGAGCAGACAUUGUAAAACAGGCGGAGCACUGUGUGUGACCGAGAGUUAGAUCAUGCUAAUGUUUGUUGCAUUAUAUAGAGUGCAUAUAUUAAAAAAACUGGAAAGAUUUGGUUUUGAUUUAAAGCUUAAUAUAUAUACGUGUGUUAAUAAGUACUUGAUUACGAGUUCUGUGAAUCCUUGCUGUGUUCUUCUGCAUCUUUUGUUUCUAUGCAUGAAAUAAUUUAAUUUAAAAGUCAAAGUGACUUAAUAUCAACUCAGAUGCUGAGUGUAAAACAUCAAAGCCGCUGAUCAGCUUAUUAUUGUAAGCAUGAUGCAUUUGUCAGUAAGUAGGUGAAAUAUAGUAAUGAUCUCUGAGUGUGCGUUGCAGACAAGAUAGGAUAGGAUGCUGCUGCUAGUUAGGUUUAUCCAUAGCUGCUGUGCAAUAUAGAAAGAAAAAAAGCUCAGCUUUCCUAGCCAGCGAAUGGUCUCACAACGUCUCAGUGAACUAGCACUUGAGCUAGACCUGCUCUGGGUAAGUCCUGAUAAUGUGCAACCAGCCAGAGGCCGUGGCUCGUUAUAACGCCAGGCAGUACUGUUAACACCAACCCCAGGAGAUGUGCUCCUGCUCCUCAGCUCAUUGGUCUCCACAUCCUCAACUGAAGCUACAAAACUUCAUCAGCACUUAAAACACAGGGAACUGCUGCUGGAGCUGCUGCCAGUCGAAGGCGGUGCCUUCGUUACUGUGUUGACCAGAAGUUCAGUAGCUCCUUCCUUGUCCAACACCUCUAAGCACCUUCAAAGCCAGCAAGUUCAUCUCAACACCUUUCAGACUCUUCUUCUGUUCCUGGAUUCCCAGCACUGGCAAGACAAAAAAGCCAUGUGGACUGGAAGCAUCUAACACUGCCUGUCAUCUACAGCUGUAGUCUGGCUAGGCGUGGAGGGAAGAAGUCGUGUUUAUUCAUGGCAUGACGGCACACCAUUGAAUGUGAGCAAAAGGGGUUGGGUUUUGAGGGGGUUUUAUUUUUAUUUUUUGUAUCAAAAUAUUUAUACUUGAGACUAUGUGAAAAUAGAAUAACUUGGCCUGUUCAGAAAUGUCACCAUAGCAGAUGUGUUUUGGGUGAAUAUUAAAAGUUUGCUGAAAAUUUUAAAA